GACGAAGUGCUCAAUCGGCCAAGUUUUAGGCUGUGACCUCAACUCAACUCAACCAAGAAGUUAUCAAAUGAUUAUUUAAGUAUUGAGGGCAGUCUUGCAGGAUGGAAAAGUCGCACUUUAUGGAGUUUAUGUGUGGUGGAUUGGCAGCAUGCUGUGCCGGAGUUUUCACCAACCCCCUUGAGGUUGUUAAAACAAGGAUGCAGCUACAAGGGGAGUUAAUGAAGAAAGGACAAUAUACAGUACAUUACAAAAACUCCUUCCAUGCAUUUUACACCAUUGGUAAAACAGAUGGCAUUUUUGCUCUGCAGAAAGGCUUGGUUCCAGCACUCUGGUACCAGCUGUUCAUGAAUGGUGUGAGGUUAGGCAGCUAUCAAGUCAUCAUCAAUAUGGGGUUGACUAAAGAUGAAAAUGGAAAUGUGAAAUGGGCUCGUAGCGUAUUGGCUGGUGCCUUCUCAGGAUGUUUAGGGGCAGCAGUGGGAAGUCCAUUCUACAUGGUGAAGACACACCUUCAGGCUCGGGCAAACCAGGCUAUAGCUGUCGGAACACAACAUCCACAUGAUUCUAUGAUGAAAGGUUUUACAAUGAUUUUCAAAAAGCAUGGAGUGCUUGGUUUAUGGCGUGGUACAACAGCUGCAGUAUCCAGGGUAAUGGUAGGAUCUGCAGCUCAACUUUCAACAUUCAGUACAGCUAAAGAAUAUGUAGUCAAUCUUAAGUUGUUUGAGGAACACAGUGUGUUUAACUCAUUAAUGGCUAGCAUCAGUGGUGGAAUUGUGGUCGUGGCUUGUAUGACACCAUUCGAUGUCGUUUCAACACGCAUGUACAAUCAGCCAGUCAAUGUUCAGGGACAUGGGACCAUGUAUCGAAAUGUGCCAGACUGUUUUGUGAAAAUAUUCAACAAAGAAGGUGUAUGGGGUUUCUACAAGGGCUGGGGACCAUCGUUUUUUAGACUUGUACCUCACACUGUACUCAGUUUAGUGUUCUGGGAUCAGCUAAGAAUUUUACAUCAUAAACUGACAACUGAGAAUGACUUGCCAACGUGAUAUUUGUAUUUACUAGCAACGUAGACCUGCCAUAUUUAGUAUUUUACUCCAGAGAUUAGUGAACUGCUCAAAGUGCCUGUUGACUAUCACAUUCUCAUUUUAUACAUCUUAUGCAUUUAUGUAAACAUGUACAUCAUGCAAAAACAGCUGAGACUAUUUUUUAAUCUGAAACUUGUACAAUUACACAGGCUAGAGGAAUGUAACUUUUAUUCAGUAAAGAAAUUGCUUGUUGAUCCGCUGUUUGGAAAAAAAAUCAAUUAUUUCUCUUCUAAUAUACCAUUGAUUAUGCAUCAUUUUGAAGGAUUACCAGGAUGGUAAAAGGGCCUUUUCAUAUUUCAAAAUAUCUUGGUAGUCAAAAAAUGAUUUCAGUUGGGCAAUUUCAGUCAAUUUUGACCUCACCUUCUUUUAAAAAUCUGUUUUAACUUAGUUUUAAACCUUUCAGAUUAUCUUAGUAUAUAAGCAAUUGUGCCAAUAUUUGCAAUCAAAAGGUUUUCAGUAUUUCUUUAAAUUUUUUUUCUUUUGAAAUUUGUAAUUUUAUCGAACUUAUAGUGAUAAAAUUGAUAUUAUAAAAGAUGUUUUGAAAUUCAUGAAGAUCAUUUUACCUACCUCUGAGAUGUUCAGACUGUUUUUAGUUUAUCUCUAGAUCUUGCAGAAUAAUGUCAAAAUUUCCUUUUUUGCAAUGUUAUGAGAAGUUUAUGAAGUUAUUUGAGCCGCAGCAUGAGAAAACCAACAUAGUGGCUUUGCGACCAGCAUGGAUCCAGACCAGCCUGCACUUCUGCGCAGGAUCCAUGCUAUUUGCUAACAGUUUCUCUAAUUGCUAUAGGCUUUGAAAACGAACAGCAUGGAUCCUGACCAGACUGCGCAGAUACGCAGGCGGGUCUGGAUCCAUGCUGGUCGCAAAGCCACUAUGUUGGUUUUCUCAUGGCAAGGCUCAUUUGAUAUUUGUAAAAAAAACUUUUUACUUUAUAGGUUCUUUCAAAGAAUCUGCUCAGCAAAACAGUCAUUUAUAACACAAGUUUUUAAAAAAAAAGAAUGAAAGUAUAUUUUUGCAAUUUGUUUAGAGAUUUGUUUGUAAAUAUCGUGAUUAACGUUGUUAAAAGAACUCAUUUACAUGUUAUAUUGAAAGCUUAACAGAAAGCUGACGUAUUGAAAUUUAAGGUUGUUGUACGUUGUUAGGAAAAUAAUUUCAUAGUGUUGUGUCAAAAAAGUUUCCUCCAAAAAGUGUGGAAUAAAACCAGGAUUCUGCAACAAAAAACAAAAAAUGUCCCAUGAAAAAAUUAAGAUCUGGUAGUCACAAAAGGCAGUUAUAAAAGUGGCUUGGUUACUAACUUUCUAAGUAUUUAUACUCUGUAUUUUGAUGUAAAUGUGGAAACUUGACAGUACUAGGAUAUUGUCAUCAAAUUGUGUGUACAACCUUGAUUUCUGCUUAAGAAAUGAUACAUAUCAUUUUGUGAUUUGUUAUUGUUUGGCAUUCAGAUGCGAAGAAACUGUAUCAUGAGGGCACAGCCCAAGUGAUAUAAUAAUAUGCAGCUGAACAACAAACAAUGAUUUUAUUCAAGAACAAAUCACUAAUUGAGAUAUAUUAUAUUGAUUCAAAAGUACAUCCUUGACGACAUCCUUUAAAUAGUUGCCUGUUUUCUGUUGGUUUCUUUUCCAGUGCACCCCUAUGCCAUUUAAUGCUAUGAUUUAAUAAUUGUGACAUCAGAAAAAUUAAUUGUUGUUUAAUAACACACAGUUUUUAGCCUUCUUUAAUAGGAAAAUGAAAUGGGUUGUGUUAGAGUUACAUAUAUGUCACGAGAUUUCAUGAAAAUGAGCACACAGUCUUGUAUAUUUUAAUUUAUUUCAUAGGAAUGAAUUAAUGUGCAAACGAAUUAUGGUUCUGUCAAAAAUUAUUCUUAGUAUAUACAAAAACUUGUUCACAAUAUUCUUUUGUUUGUUAAUUGUAGAAAACUGCAGGACCACUGUUACCAACCAGAUCUAGCUUCUGUAAUGACAAGUUCUGGACCCUAUCUUUUAUUUGCUGUGUUUUAUCAGUAUGGCUAAUCAUGGUCUGCUUUGUUCACUAUUUAGUCAGUAAAUUUUCAGUGAACACCACCUCAAAUAAUGAACUGUAUUAAUUUUACUUAUUUCUUGAAAAUAUUUUUUCUACUUUUUCCAGGUAUAAUGAAAGAAAUUACCAUGUUUUACAUCUUACACUAAAGAAAUAUAUGAAAUUAACCUAUUUACAUGUAAAAGGUUAUUUGCUUAAUAAAGAAUUCAGCAGUGUGUGAAUGGCAUCAUUAACAUGCUAAAUUGGCUACCUCCAUGAUCAGCCAUUUUUUAAAAUUUCAAAUUGCCAUAUCUUUUUCAAUAGUGGUCUGAUUUUAAAAAUUCUUUCAGUAUUAUUAAAGGCUUGAGGAUAGCUUUCAUAUAAAAUUAACUUCUUGUCAGGCAUUCCUUACCCUUUAAUGAUUUUCUAAGGAAUACAAGCAAAUAUAGAGUAAAUUUUGAUAGUGUAUAUGUGCAGCAACUGCUAUUGAAUAUAGAGUAUAUUGUGAUAAACAGUGUAUUUGUGCAGCCACAGCUAUUGAAUAUAGAGUAUAUUGUGAUAAACUGUGUAUUUGUGCAGCCACAGCUAUUGAAUAUAGAGUAUAUUGUGAUGAACAGUAUAUUUGUGCAGCCACAGCAAUGCUUUGCCAUAUAUUUUGUAGCUGUUUUUAUUGAAUGUAGAGUAAAAUUUUUUGUGAUAUACAGUGUAUUUGUGCAGCAGCUGCUAUUGAAUAUAAAGUAAAUUGUAUUAUACUGCAUAAAGUGCAGUUGGUGCUAUUGAAUAUAGAGUAAAUUGUAAUAUUCAGGUGUAUUUGUGCAGCAGCAGCUAUUGAAUAUAGUGUAAAUUGUUUCAUACCACAUAUUAGUGCAGCUGGUGCUAUUGAAUAUAGAGAAAAUUGUGAUGUACAGUAUUUGUACAGCAGCUGCUAUUUAAUAUAGUGUAAAUUAUGGAUGGAGUACAGUAUAUUUAUUUACAUACUGCUAUUGAAUAAAGAGAAGAGUAUGAUAUACGGUGCAUUUGUGCACUUACUUUUAUUGAUAUACAGUAUAUUUGUACUGCAGCUGCUAUUGAAUAUCAGUCUUCAGCAUGGAACUGUUAUAAGAAAUAAAGGGACUUGCCCCUAGAAUGGAAUCUUUGAUCACAUUUUGACUAAUUUGUUACCAAAAAAAAUUUGUCCUUUGGUCUAUUGUAAGCAAUAUUAAGAAUUCAUGAAACACAAUACAGUCGAACCUGUGUUAAAGACCACCUCAAAACAGAGACCACCUGGCUCUAAAGACCACAUGUUUUGUUUCCCAUUGUAACAUUUACAAGACAGUAUAUUUUAUCAUGUGAAUAAAAAGGGAGACAAUCAAAAUCCCCUUGAUCAAAUUCCCCUACACUGAAAAUGACAGGGUGUUACAAAAUCCCCUUCAUACUUUUGCUUUGGGUAUCAUAAUCCCCUCUGUGAUUUUUACUUAUUUCAUCAAGUUCAAAUACAACUAUAUACAAUUUAAAAGUCUAUUGCAUAAAGCACAUAAAUACAAUGCCUUUAGCAAACAUAAUAUAAUUUGCAGCACUGAUAUCUAUAUAUCUUUAAUGAAAGUCACAGAGGGGAUUAUGAUACCCCCUGCAAAAGUAUGAAGGGGAUUAUGUAACACCCAGUCACUUUUCAGCGGAGGGGAUUUUGAUCAAGGGGAUUUUGAUAUACACUCCAAUAAAAACCACCUCCCAAUAAGAACAUUUUGGCUCUCCCAAGGGUGGUCGUUAUAUAUAGGUUUGACUGUAUAUUGAUUUUUGUACACAAAAAUGAAGGAAAAAUUGUUUAACUAUAUCACCUAACUUUACCUAUAUCACCUAACUGCAGUAGUGGCUAAGUGUUAGUGUCCGGCUCACAUUUGUGAGGUUGGUUUGAUCCCCAGCUUUGUCAUACCAAAGGAUUUCUUGGCCUCUAUGCUAGGGGCUCAGUAUAAAGAGUAGAUUUAUGACUGGUCAGCUCAGUGUUAGUAUAAUGUGACUGGGUGGGGUAUCAUGAUAUGCGUCUAUGAUAAAUGCUUCCACUCCAGUGAGGCUGUUUCCACUGUAAAAUUGGGCAAUGUGUUCACUGCUACAAGCAGAAAUUGUCUAUGUCACAGAAAUUUAAAACAAAAACAAAAAAACCCCAAAAAAAACAGCAAAACCCAAAUAAUUAUACCUACUCGUUAAUUAAAUCUCAAAAUUUGCACAAAAUUGAGAAUGAUUUAGGACAUACGCCAGUAGCAAAUAACAAUUAAACUAUGGUAUACCAGGACAUAAAGUUACUCUAAUUUCCAACAAAACUUGAUUAGUUUUGGGUAAGAAUAAAGUAGUCUAUGUAUAGCAAUGGAUACCCAUAAAACAUUUAAUAAAAUAAAAAUGUUUCAUGUUUUGGAAAUUAACUUUCUUAAAAGUUUUUCAAAAGAUACGGAAACAGUUCUGAGGUGAAGAUACGAGAUUUGAGAUUUGUUGUACAUUCCAUAUUUUAUAAUCUCACCGCUUAAAAUGAUCUUAAAGUUUCAUUAUUGUUUAAGAGAUUAUUUUUGUACUGUUAAAGUGUAUUUUGUAAUGUUAAACUUGUACACAGGGUACAUAUUUUAGUUGAUAUUUAUCUUUCCAAGUUUGUUUAAUCUUCAAGUUAUAUUUAAUGGGAACAUGUUACAUAUUUUUAUUGUAAAUGCAAUGUGGUUGUAUGAAUAUAUAGAUUAAAGUUUAUUAAUAAAAUUUGCAAAGGAAACAAUAGUUUUUAAUCACUGUUUCACCUGUACACACCAAACACAUGCAUUUAAAACACAUAGAUAGAUAGUAUUUUCUGAUUUCGAACAACUUUUUCCGCCAUUCAAGAUUAAAUGUCACACUAAUACUAAGACGGAACAUUGUGUUUUAUUCACCAUUCAAGCUGGAUUGUCAUAUUAGUAGUAAGAUUGGCAUAUAGAACCUUACUCCACCAUUCAAGCUGGAUUGUCACAUUAGUAGUAAGAUUGGCAUAUAGAACCUUACUCCACCAUUUAAGCUGGAUUGUCACAUUAGUAGUAAGAUUGGCAUAUAGAACCUUACUCCACCUUUCAAGAUGAAAUGUCACAGCAGUUCUAAGUAGAACACAUAGGGUCUUACUCCACCAUUCAAGUUGGAAUGUCACAAUAGUACCAGAAGGAGCACAUUAGGCUUAACAUCACCAUUUAACGCUUGAAUGUCACUAUAGUACUUAGAUUGGCAAAUAAGGCCUUACUCUAUCCACCAAUCAAACUGAAAUGGCACAAUAAUUCUAACAGCACAGUUGGCCUUACUUCACUGUUCAAGCUGAAAUGGCACAAUAAUUCUAACAGCACAGUUGGCCUUACUUCACUGUUCAAGCUGAAAUGGCACAAUAAUUCUCUAACAGCACAGUUGGCCUUACUUCACUGUUCAAGCUGAAAUGGCACAAUAAUUCUCUAACAGCACAGUUGGCCUUACUUCACUGUUCAAGCUGAAAUGGCACAAUAAUUCUAACAGCACAGUUGGC